AUUAUCCCUGUAGGAAUGGCUACAUUAUGAUGAUUUUGUGUUUCGUACAUCAUAUAGCCAUUUCACUGCUGGUGGUGUCAAAACGUCAAGUGAUCAGCAUGUCGAGCAGCUACAAGCAGAAGAAGAUGAAGACGCUGGCUACGCGCAAGAAAACGCGUAAACGCCGCAUUGAGGAAGGUAUGACGUUCGAGGACGACUCGGGUCGCUUGUUCCAGCCACCGAGCACGCGCGACCCGCGUUGGAAGAACCCUUCGAUCGAGACUGUAGUGUCCGGCAUCACCAAGAGCAAAGGGCAGAAGAAGGCGGCUAAAAAACGCCGCAAACUUGUUGCCAGCAAAGACAAAGAUAAAGAUGAUGCAAUCGAAGUCGUCCAGCAGGAGUCUGCCAGCAGCGACGAGGAAGUGGAGGAGCUGAGCGACGAAGAACCCGUCAAUGAUGCGCUCUUUGAUCUACCGAAGACGCCUUUGCGGUUGUGCACGUCGCUGGAUGAUGUGGUGGCGAAAGCUAUAGCGAAGCACGCGGAGAUCCGCCGCAAAGACGGUCGUCAGAAGACGAAGGUGCUGUUGCUGGUGGAUGCGCGAUCAAUUUUCAAGCUCAUGAAGAAGAAGAUGAACAUCCGUCCCGAGAUGGUCAAGGCGAAGAGUAAACUGGGCGUGAGCUCCAGUAAAAAGCCUGAAAUGGCGUACAAGAACACGGGUCUGGUGAAGACGCCUCUGGACCGCUUCAAGGACGUCAACAAGCCUGUUCUCACGGGCUACAAGAGCGGCAAGUUGUCGUCUGUGCUCGCUGAGGAUCUGUCCUUCUACCCGUACACGGAGUUCAAAGUGCAGCACGUGAUUUUCGUGGCCAAGAACGCCGCGUCGUCCAUCAACCUGGAUCGCAACCUGCUGCGCAACGUCGAGCUGCACUCGUUCGUUAUUGACGACAAGAGCGCUACGAGCGUGUCAGAGGACGAACUCAAGGCGCUGGAAAAAGCCUAUCAAGUCUCAAGCGCUUAGUGCAGCAGUUCUUGUUAGUGUUUACAGCAAUAGAAGGUGACGACUAUUUGUGCUCGAAGCAUGCCAUUAUCAUGUGCGACAAGGUAUUCGAUUAUUUUUCGCU